GCCAUCAAUGGGUAGUGCAUUAAUUAAUUAAAAUUCGAAAAUGAGAAUUAUACCGUCGGUUUUUGUACUCUUUGCCGUUAUCGGUGUCGCAUAUUCGGCGAGUUCUGUUUGGGGUACGGCAAACAGCACGGACGCCGUUAUAUACCAGAAAAAUAUAGUUCACCCCGGUGUACCGAAUGUUGUGCAGACAUUUUUCUUCAGCAUACCAGAUUCGUACCAAAGUAAUAGCCGUGUAAUUAGCUCUAUUCGUCUGGACGAUGAAUUUAAAAAUACCACAGGUCCAACUAAUACCUUGAUUUCUGGUGGACCUAGUUGGACUUUUGGUAUUGUGCAAAUGGUAACUCAACGUAGUUAUGGUUUAAAUGUCACCGUCGUUGUUUAUGGUAAAUACGUGCUAUAAUAAACAAAUAUAAAUAAUAAAAGUUGAUUUCUGAACAUUUUUA